UUUUUAAGAAAGUCACACACCUAUGCUGCUAAUGUCAGCACAGGUAUUCAAGAGGAUCCCGGAAGAACUCGAAGUGCAGGUUACCGGGUUGUUUGCAUAGCGAACUUUAAUUCCAACGCGAUUGUGCGCCGAUGGACAUGUUUACCUCAUUCACAAAGUAACUAUUCUCCCUUAAGUUGAUAAAGUUUGUAAAGUAAAUGAACGGAAAGAAGAUGAAGGGGCUGAGGAAGAAGAAACUGUACGUGGCAAUGGACGUGUUGUGCGUUUUAGUUGCUGCACUGCCCUCCAUCAUUAUGACCAUUGUGUUCAAGCCAUAUCAAAGAGGGGUUUACUGUGACGACGAGAGCAUCAUGUACCCUUUGAAACAAGACACCAUCACCCACGGCAUGCUGGCAGCUGUCACCAUCUCCUGCACCAUUAUCAUUAUCUCCUCUGGAGAAGCUUAUCUGGUCUACAGCAAGAGGAUUUACUCUAAUUCUGACUUCAACCAGUAUGUAGCUGCACUCUACAAGGUAGUGGGCACCUUCUUGUUUGGAGCAGCUGUUAGCCAGUCACUAACCGACCUUGCCAAGUUCACCAUAGGCCGCCCAAGACCUAACUUCAUGGCCGUAUGUGCCCCCACGGUCUGCACGGGAUAUGUUCAGGUGAUCAACUGUACUGGGAAGCUUCAGGACGUCACAGAGUCCAGAUUGUCCUUCUACUCUGGUCACUCCUCUUUUGGAAUGUACUGCAUGCUCUUCCUUGCGCUUUACGUUCAGGCGAGACUGGCGGCUAAGUGGGCCAGACUUCUCCGACCCACCAUCCAGUUCUUCCUGGUGGCCUUUGCGGUAUAUGUGGGUUACACCCGAGUCUCUGAUUACAAGCACCACUGGAGCGACGUGCUGGUGGGGCUGCUGCAGGGAGCUCUUGUUGCUAUGCUUAAUGUGCACUUUGUGUCAGACUUCUUUAAGAAGCGUCCUCCGCCCUGCAUUAGGCCAGACACAGCUGAUAAUGAAGAGCCAGAGAGGAAACCCAGCGUGCAGAUUGCAGACUCCGAGCACAGCAACCAUUACAACUAUCACCACAAUCCAGGUCCUGUGUUAUAGGGGCUGAUGCUGGGGAACAAAGGCUGCAGCCUGCAGACCCCAAACCUGUGUAAUAGGGUCCAACUCUGGACCCUCAACCUUGUUUGUGCAGUCAGUGUUUAGUUCAGGUAAUAACCUGCGUCAUCUGCAGUCCUGCCUCUAUAGGCUGCUCACUGCAGACUCCUGAUGCUUUGUGAGAAGUCCUAUGAGUGAGAGAUGUUUAAUUCUAUAUGGAUUCUGCAACCAGACCUUUUUUAUCUGUUUUAAAGGAGUUUGGCCAGGGAUCUGGUCUGUAGUAUGCAGCCUCAAAGCCCCCAGCUCCCUCCCUCUGUGUCAACCACUCACACCCCACCUACUCCCCAACCACUGGACUGACUGAGGGGGCUCCAUGCCAUUGCCAGGCAUCUGAGCCCCCUCUUAAAGACACCAUGAUGACCUCCUUUUCUCCUGUAAGAGAGAGAGGAGCAUAUUGUUCAUGCAAAGCUAUGACAUGGCUAUAAUACACUAAGUGCAUGUGGCUAAUGUGUUAGCAAACAAGUUGCACACAGCAGAAACAGAGGAACAUGGGCAUCCCAAUGAGUGUCCACUCCUGCCAACUGACAAAUAUAUGUCUGACACCAACACACCUUUAUGCCGCCACCUCCUGAGAAAUAUAUGCUCUCUUUGGCUUCAUACAUGCUUCCCUUUCUACAAGCACACAAACUGUUUUCAGGCUGUGUUUGUAAGAAACAGCUGCCCAGUUUUAUAUAAAGGGUCAGUGAGAGUGAUUGGGUUUUAACAGAGAUCUGGAACAAGAAGAUAUGAGUGUUGAUUAUCUGUGGCAUUGGCAGUACUAGCAACACGUUUACUUACCAGGAGUUCUUUCAUUUAAUGGAGCUUUAAGAGUUUUGUGUUUUUAAUUUCUGGAUGUAGAGAACUAAAUUUGUUGGCAGUGAUGAAAUAAUUCUAAGAAUGAGAGGAAGAAAGAUGAGAAUGUAGAUGUUGUUAAAGGCACAGUUUGUUGAUUUAGCUUCACUUUAGUGCACCUUAAACUGGCUACUCACCAGAAGAGUGUUGUAGAUCAAGAACAAAUUAUUGAAAUGGCAACCAGUUCACAGGAGAUGAGCUAAUUUACUCCUUGUAUCGUGUCAUCCUGUUGGCAAAAAAGGCUCACGUGUCAGCUGCAGCUCCAAAGCUGUUUUUAAAGGAGAUAUAUAUUGACAUAACCAACAUGGCAAACUAGAAGGAGCAUUCAGAGGUAAUCCUAUGAUCUGAAAUCAGAUGACGAUGCAUUUCUGCCAGCUCUGGAAACUGACUGACAAACAGGUCUGUGUAUCUACUCUGACAAACAAUAUGUUUUUAAAAGUGACUAUACAGGCUUGCCGGGCCGUUGUCUCACACUACUUUGAUCAUCUCCCACAAGUCAUGUUUUAUCACUGCCCAAGUGUAUCCAGAGAAGUGUCUGACUUGUUGAAUGAUCUUGCCAGUGCCAACUAGUCUGAAUUUGAAUUAAGAAGAGGGCAUAAACUAAGUCUUAAACUUUAUGCUCAACAGUAGUGCAGUAGUAAAAUGUAUACAUUUAAUUGUGGAGUUUGUGCAUGAUUUAUGUUUCCCCUGUGUGAAAUGGACUGCAGAUGUAGAAACCAUUGAUGCAGAUAGCUUUUAUUUCUUUUGGAUUUUAUGUGUCAUACCACUACUUUACUGCCAAUCGAAUAUUAAGAAGUUUGGUCUCUAUCAUGUCUUCUUUUUUUCUAUUUUAAUGUGUUUUUUAUCUCUUAAAUAAUUAUAAUCAAAGAAGGAUGAGACAACCAUUUAAAAAAUGGUGUUUAAUUUAUUUUAAAUACAAGAAUUUUUUGUGCAAUCACCCUUGCUUGCCACUAUGAGCCACAAAUACUGUAUAUACUAACGCUAUGAGACAUGUUUCAUGUUGCGUGAAGGAUGUAUAUAAAUGCUUGUAUGUUUUUAUUUCACUUAUUUUACAUUUUAAUUUCACCUGUACAGUGUGCUUUGGCUCCUGCCUUCUCAGACUGGUGACUGUUGGAGUUGCCACACAAAUGGAUCCAAUUUCAGGUCCAAACAAAUGCCAGAUGCCUUGGCAGGGCUUUUAAAGGGCUGUUGUAAUGAUAAAGGGUUACAUACCCAACUGUGUUUUUGAAGCUAGUUACACUGCUGCGUUCCGACAUCAAAGAUUCAUCUCUGUUCUUUUUCCCCUUCCUGUGCUGAUAGAUGGGGUUAAUUUGUGAAUAAGGUCUCCUGUACAGUUCUUGUACAGAAUGCAGACGCCUGGAGUACUGACAACAGAUCAGACAGACCACAAAACCUGAGGGGGGUGGGGGGGGGGCAGAAAGACAAAGAGAAUCUCACCUGGUAGUGAUUGUGAAGCCCCGGGGGUGAGCUGGGACUAUAGAAAGGUAGGGUACUUUAGGGGGGUGGGGUGUGGGGUAUCCCAUGGUGAACCUCGGUCCCUGGGGUCUUCUGCACAUUUAAAACACAGAUUUACAACAAGAAACAGCUGGAACUGGUUGCGGUGAAGUGCUGUGAGCCCCCUCCCCUGCUCCCUACAUCUAAAUCAUCUGUGUAUUACUGCAGUCAAACUAAUCACCCAAAUGUGGAUGAGGAUGUAGAAACGUCAUGGUGUUUGUUUCACCUCCAGCUUCAUGGAAAUGUGGCUCCAUGCUUUAUUGAAUUAGUGCCUUUUAAAGUAGGCACUGGUUGGCUAAUCUCCUGUUUAUAUGUCAAACGUAUGAUUCAUGUUGUUUGCUUUUUGUAUAUAGAUUAUAUCAAUAGGCUCUAAACCAGAUCAUUUUAAAUAAAUAUAUAAUCCAAAUUCA